GCGGUCGCCAUCUGUGCCCCCCGUCGCCCCUUCACUCACCCAGCGAGCGCCAAGCAGCAGCAGCAGCAAGCACGACGCCGUGACAUUGCCAGGUCUGGUCCAGUCACGACUUUGCAGGAACACUACAACCUUUGUAUUGCUCAUCCUCGUCGUCCUCAAUAUCCGGCAACUCUUUGUUCUUCGUCCUUUUAUCAGUCUUCAUCUUUUCCUACUUCACAGUCUGCUGGACACGAGACGCCACCACCACCGCGACCUCCCCCCUCACCUUCACCUCCUUGACCCAGUGGCACUUUACGCCCUCCUGCUGCAAUCACCGUAUACACCGUCCGACGUUUGUCUCGCACCCCUCCCCCCGGUGGUAAACUGCGCUUGGUGCCGAAUCCCAAGCCUUCGUCAGCGUUCCCGGGCACCCCGGCAUCUACCUGCAAACCACAACGUAGCACACACAUUGCAGACCGCCACUUGCUACAUUGUCUACACCAACAACCACACGUCCACACACACCAACCCCUUCAGACGCUUUGCCGUCGCUGUGACACUCAUUGAGCCGGCCUUGCUUCGAUUUCCCUUCUCAACCUUGCUUCCUUCGGGACACCACAACUCCUACAAGCCAUGGAACAGUCACCAGAGUACGAGGACAUCCUCGACGACGAGACCCUCGCCCCACUCAAGCGUAACCACGCUUGUCUCCAAUGCAAGAAACGCAAAGUCAAGUGCGAUGCCGUUCGCCCCACAUGCAACCCAUGCUUGAGGUCGCACGCGCAUGCUCUCCGCUCGGCCCAGCGCAACAAGUCACGGCCGCCACCCCUCGUGUGCUCGUACGCCGAGGGCGAUGAGGAGGAGAUGGCGGCAGCCGAAGCCGAAGCGCAGAGGAAGCGCACAGCCAACGGCACUGCUGGACCAGGUCUGGCCAAGCGCAGCGCGAUCGGUCUCGACCGCAUUGGACGGGAAAAGAACGUCCGCGUCGAGGAGGAGAAGGACACACUGCGCGCUCGCAUCGCCGAGCUGGAAGCUCGGAUUGCAGCGCUUACUACCGAUCCUGUCCCGCCUGUGCCUCCACUUGCCCAAAGCUCUCUUUACAGCGGCAUGGCCAACAAGCCUGGCGUGACGAUUGACAAGAACGGGUUCAACCCAAUCGCGAUGGGCAACUCUUCUACCCUCAACGGCCCAGAGGCAGGCAAGAAUGGACACGUGCCCCCACCUAUUCUGCACAUUGAGACCGGCGAGCCCGGCAACUUCCAGACGUUUGACUUCUCCAACCUCCUGGUGCUGCCCGCCAACUGGCCCAAGAACCUGCCAUCGCCGGCGAUUCUCGAGCACCUCAUCGACACUUUCUUCCAGUGCGAGCCUCAGAUGCCACGCAUCAUCCACCGCUCCAGCCUCAUGGCCCGCCUCAAGCUCCCACCGACGUCUGAUGACUUUCCUUUCCCGGGCUUGUUGCACGCAAUUUGUGCUUCAGCCGCACCCCAUACACCGUGGACGACGACUCUGCAGCCUGAGGAGCUCGAGGCAACACGUAUGCGCCACAUUGCCCUUGGUCUCGACCUCGAGUCGUGCGAGGACUUUGCCAUGGCGCAAGCCGAGGCCGCCGAACGGUGUAUCCGCCACAGCACCGUCAUGUGCGUGAUGGGCCCGGGAUCGUUCAUCUUUGACGUCCUCCGAGCACAUCUCGUUCUCAGCAAUGUGUACUUUACAAAGAACAUGCCGUUGCGGUCGUGGAUCACGGCGGGUACGCCGGGACGGCUCAUCAAGGCGCUCGAGCUCAUCAACAGGAACCCUCGUAAAUCUGACAAGGGCACCCUCAUGCCCGAUUGUGCAAGCGACCGUGACCGUGAAGAGCGAUACGCCACAGUCUGGAUGGCGUACCUGACGGAAUCAACCCUGUCUGUCAACUCUGCCUGGUCGCAGAGUCUGGAAGUCGAUGAGAUCGGCAUCCCGCUGCCGACAAGUAACGACGAGUUCAACCAGAAGAAUGACUUCUUCGGUAUGAUGAAGCCCAACCCUCAGAACGCGCACGAGCACGACGUGUUGGUGAACCACCCCGUCAUCGACCCAUUCGUGCUCGUCAUCAAGUGCUCGCUCCUCCUCGGACGAGCGGCAAAGUGGAUCCGCCAGUGGCAGCAGAGAGUAAUGCAGCCUGGUGACGAGAUGGAGGGCCUCAAGAGCUCGACAUUCAUCCAGCUCAACGGCGACAUCUUUGCGUUCCAGCUCAGCCUCCCGUCGCACCUCAAGAACAUUUACCGAAGCAUUGAUGCCGGCAACGCGGCCAGCGCGUUCACCGCCGACAUUAUGAGCCUUCACGUGUUCCCCAACCUGGCGAUCUUGUUGCUGCAUGAGCAGUUCGUCGACUGGACCGGCCGCGAGACGGCUGCGCACAGUCAGAUCCAGAAGGCAUUCGAGGCGAUCGUGGGCUACAUCCACCUGGUGCCGUCGCAGCUCGACAUUACGCACCUGUUGACGCCGCUUCUCACCUUCUCCCUCUUCACUGUUGGCCGGUUCAUCAACAAGUUUAUUGCCCGUGCCAACAAGCUCCAGCAGUAUGCCCAGGCGAGCCGCUGGCGGACGGAUUUGAUGGCCAUCAUGGACAUGAUGCGUCGCUAUGGAGGCAAGCACGCACUCGGGCAACAGCUCGGAGCCUACCUCGCCAACUACCAGCGGAUGCAGGAGGACGGAACGCUGCAGAUUGAGGACUCGCAAAUAGAUGGAUCGUGCCACGCUGCUAUCCCGAAGGCGUCGCUCACGUCUGUGACGCCCCAAUCGAGCGCGACGCCCAAGUCGACCCCGGGGGGUGCACCUUCGACGAUCGGCUCCGACUGCCUGGACUGGAACUUGGCAUCGGGCGUGGCGUCUGGGGCCGGCACGAGUCCCGCAAUCCCCUCGCUCGGCAGCAGCGGACAAACACCCGAAAGCGUCGGCGCCGCAAGCUCGUCUUCCGGCGGCAACGCUCAUGGUGUCCACAACCUGGGCUUGCCGUCAGCCAAUCUGUCGGGCUUGGACGCCUCGUCGCUCAUGGAUGCUCAGGGGCAGGGCGCGACCCUUUUCGACCCAACGUUGCUCGACUUCCUAGAUCCUUCGAGCGCACAGGCCGCAUCAUUCAGCACAGGGAUCGGCGGCGGCAAGCACGGCGCCAACGACGCGACAUUCCUUGCAGAGCUGGUGAGCGGGGACGCACAGGCCUGGGGGGCGCAGUACUUUGCUCAGUCAUGAGUGAUAACAUGGCUGGCUGGAGGGGUUAGAACGGGGCGAGGUUACCCUAUACGCGAUAAGGACACGGACGCACCAAUGGGGGGCCUUGGUUGGACGGGCGCUCGCGUUAGACGAGCUGAGGCUGGCGUUGUUGUGGUGGCGCGGCGCUCGUGUGGUGGCGCAAUCAAUUUGUAGUAGUAGACAGGCCUUUUGGAGGCCGAGGUUUGUAAUUUGUGUGAUUGUAUUGGAUGGAUGUAGGAUUGUGCGUGC